UCACAUAGCUCUAUAUAAUGAUUCUAAUAUUUUCGGUCUGGUUACUAUUGGCAUUCACUGGUGACAAGUAGCCAUUACAAGUUAAUGUCACUUUCCAUAACCGGACACCCUAAGAUGACCAUACCAUGAUGAAUUCGUCAUCAUUUUGUUUGGCAAGAAAUAGUCCACUUAUUACGCCGUACUAUCGUGCCAAUGAACUGAUGACAUUGAAUGUUGAAUAACAUUCGGGCAAUGUCUUAUUUAUAAACAGCUAUUUAAUUUGUUAUGCGCUCAUACAAAAACAUAGCUAAGAUUGGUUUUCAUAACCUCGGGAAACCUGUUCCACACAAAACACCAAAAAAACUUUGCUUAAAUGAAAUUGACCUAGGUCGAAUAUGAAUAUAAAAACCCUCCACGCUGAGCUAGUCAGUCGUCAGGUGGGAAGUACGCGCUAAUAUUUGUGGUUCAGUAACGUAACAAUCUAUUGUAUCAAUACUUUUUUAUUUCGACACAAAAAAGAAAUGGAAAAAUACUUAGUUGCAACGUAUGAUAAACUAUCGCACAGAAUUCUCGUGCCCAAGGGCUGGCCAGUUCGCGGAUUCAAGAAGCUCCUAUUAUCAUUUGCUGAGAAAGUGAUUUAUAAUGAUGACCCCGACCAGAUAGUCAUCUUACGAAUAAACAAUGUACCAACAAUGCUGGUUCAACGUGAAUAUGAAAGUGAAACUUACUACGUCUUUGAAACAAUCUUCGAUUAUGGACCAAAGGACGCACACAUCAUUAAUGUCGUCUUCACUGAUCUCGCAAUGAUAAAAAAUCCUGUGGGAGCUGGUGUUAUAACUUCGAAAUCUUCAGCGGGGACGAUCGAUGAAAAUUCCAAUAAUGAGAUACAAGUUGAUGACUACGUUGUUUGUAAGGAACAGAGUUAUAAUAAAACGACGCAUUAUGUUGUGCCAGUAACACAAGUCAUCCAGUGGAUGCGUCGUGAGGCAGAUAUCAUACACACCGUGGAUUCGCAUGCUUUAGCAGAUUUAUCCAGGUACUUAUUGUUCACCUUUUAUGACGAACCAGUUUGGAACAGGUUUUGCGUUGCAUAAACUUUGACCAUGUUCAAAGUAUUCACAAAUUUCUAACUUGUUUAUUUUUUUAUUUCAGCGAGGCCCUGUGCUGUGAUGUCCUGCGGUCGCUUAUAGUGAUUGGGACCUUUUUCCUCAUCUUCAUUAUAGUGAUUCUCUGUGAAUUCUUUUACAAUUAGCCAUCUGAUGGUUUAUUU